CUGCAUGAUACAGCAGACGUUGUGCUUUUGGACAUGAUACGAAAUCAGCAGCAUGUCUACAUUGAGUGGAAGACUAACCUUCAAUGGCUAAUGAAACAGGAUUUCAUGAAAACCAAUUCGUGCAACUUCUCUUUAGGUACUGAAAACUUUUUCUUGCUGCAAGUUGCCUUGGCUUUCCCCAGAGAUUCUCCUAUUUUAGAGAGGGUCAAUCUCGAGAUUAUUUACAUGCAACGCGGUGGACUUAUUGAACAUUGGCGUCAGAACUUUUGGCCGUCGGCCGAUCGCUGUUCUGAAACAUCUACCGGAGGUAGUGACGGUGACACCAUUCAAGCCAUCAGCGUAGCCGACAUGCAAGGAUCCUUCUACGUCCUCUUUUUUGGUUGUGGUUUAGCGGCCGUUUCAUUCAUCAUUGAAAGACUAAUCCAUCGCAGCAAAGAAAAACGAGAAAGCGAAGUUAUACGACCAUAUUUGAAUUGAAGUGGGUCAUUGGCGGUUAACAAUGUAUCCCAUAAUAUUUAUCCUAAAUUUUCAUCAUUGGCACAUUCAAUUUCACAUACACUUUCAAGUAACUUAUAUAUCCAGAUAAAUCACG